GAGAAUUCCAGUGUUGAGGCUUCGAGUCAGACUUUCCUGGCCAGAACAUGCCUUCCUCCUGAAGAAAAGAAGAUGUCCUGGGAGCCAGAGAGAAGUUGUGACCUCCAGCAGAUAAGAGGCAUGGAUCAGAUCUACGCUGUGUGUUCAGCAUUAAACACACAGAAGGAGCAGAGUCUUCUGAUUUGUUCACUUCAACCGUAAAUAUCCACCAAAAUGUAGACACAGGUGUCGCCACAUAGUCAGAGGGCCACUGUCCCCCUGACUGAUAGGAGCCUCUGAUACAGAUGCGCCGUUCCUCGCAAACGGAUCCAACACACAACAAUAACACCGACCAAGUGGCGUUCAAGAGCGCGGUGACACGAGUCCGUGCAGAACAGGCUGCAUCACUUUGCGUUUUUUAUUAUUAUCAUCAUUAUUAUUAUUUGUCAGCCCAUGAAUAUUGUGUUAAUGACCGACUCAGCUCGUGAAAUUUACACGUGUAUCCUCCCUUAAAUGACGCGUGUGUGUGUGUGUUUCAGAUGUUUGGCUCGGCACCUCCGCGUCCUGUGACUUCUGUCUCGCAUGAUUCGCGAUACCUUAAAUUACACGUUAUAUUAGUGUCCAGCGCGCUGCCAAGAUUUUAAGGGAAUCAAGAUGAUAGAGCAGAGGCAGGGAGAGAGGGGGGGGCAACACCGGCUCUUUGAAGCAGUUGGAGCUUCUCACAGUGAGAAACUCUUUUCUCUUUUUAAAACAACUGAAUCGUGCGUAAAAAAAAAAAAAAAAAAAAAAAAAAGUUUUCACUGCGAUGCGAUAACAUUUUAACUGAAGUAGCCCCGUAAGAGCUUCGCCCGUAACCCCGGUUCCGACCUGCACUUACGUAGCGCUCAUUUAUCCGGAUUGAUCCAGCGAGAUCCCCCAGGUCGGCUGAGUUCCUGCCAAAUGAUGUUAUUACAGCGAGUCCUUGGUGGCUGCUCGCUCUUCCCUCUUUACGCAUCUGCGAUACAGAACAAAUAAGAUCCCCACAAUGGACGUUUGUGUUCGAUAGCAGGUCUGUUAUUGGUAAAAACGUGUACGUAAUGGAUAAAACAGGCCCGUUUGAUUCCCAUGUUUUGCCAGUUUCAUAUAAAGAAAAGAGCCAUAAAACCCAAAAUAUGUAAUGUUGUAUAACUUUUAUGAUUUCACGCUUCUCGCAAGAUUACAACAAUUUCCAGCUCGUGUUUUCAGAUUCAACAUCAGGAAUGACUCAAACCCCCCAUUUUGCGCAUUGCGGGAAAGUUUGAAAAUAGCUUGUCCAUCCUUGGUACCGGUGCCUUCUUCAACCUUUAGCAGCGCUUUGACGCUCCUGCUCUCGCCUUAUUGAAAUCGCUGAGCGCGCGCGCGCGCACACACGGGGGCCUGUUUCCAAUCUGAGGACAUGCGUGAUGAAUUUGGGGAAAUCAUCUGCAGCUUUGCCGGUACCAUAUAGCCCACCCAGCCCGGACUCGGUCCCCUCUCUCUGCCCCGGGGUAUCAAUACGAUUAGAGGCAGGAAAUGUGGGAAUCCCCAACAAAGGGCUCCAUCAUUAAACACAAACAACCAGGGGCCUCCCAACAAUACCAAAAGCGCCCUCCGCUCCUCGCGUCUCUUUUAUGUCUGAGCAAGUGAAAAUCUAUUACUUUCAUCCCGAUAUCGCCCGUCUGCUCUCAGCUGCCCGUUAUUAAAGGAGAUAAUCUGACGGAGUCCGACGGGUUUGUGAUCAGACGGAGAACAGAGAGUGUAGAGUUUCUGCUCACAAGCCUCAGAAACAAUAAUACUUCUUUAUCUAUUUCCCACGCGGUGACAUUUAUACUUAAAAAGAAAAAAAAAAUCUUAUCAGUUUGUUCGGCGAGGCCCUCAUCAUGCAGGCGACAAAUUAUUAUUUUCUCAGCGUCGCAAAAUCAGUCAUUCCACGUUUAUCCUCUGUAUCCUCUCUGUAAACGUGUAAUUGUCCGGAGGCAAGUGUGUGCGUGGAGUGCGCCUUCGGGAGCCUUCGAGGGGGAUUAAGGUUUAAAUCCCUGCCUCUCGUCAGAGAAGUGUUUUGGGGAUUUUCCCCCUUCACUCGUUAAAUUCCGCUGGUCCCCAAACGCGUCACUCAGAAUAUUCUGAAAUUAAAAUCGAUUGUUGUUUUCUUUUAAUGCAAUUUUUUCCACCGGAGCUGCGCGUUUAAAGAGGCGGCAGUGCUCGUGUCUCGUGUCCUACGAAGAAAUAGAUGCGCUUCUAAAAUACUUCGACAAACUUUAUUUAAGAAUGCAUCCAACAAUUUCUCAAGGAUUGCUUCUAUUUUCUUUUUAUUAUUUUCUUUUUCUUUUAAAAUAAAAAUGUCAGUGAUAAGAUAAAUCUCUAGAUGAAUCUAAAAUUGUGGAUGGUUUGGAAACUGUCACCUCGUUAACUAACUUUACUUCAUUCAGACUUUCAAACUCAAAAUGAACUUUCCCGUCAAACCUAUUUAUUCCCUUCCUGAAUUGAUCUCUAAUGUCCGCGUCGGCUUGGCAGCGCUGAUGCCCCGAUGAUGAUGAUGAUGAUGAUGCUGAUGAUGAUUAUGAUGAAGGUGCGCCGGGUGCCGGGGAGCCUAUAGGCCUCCUUGGUAUGGCACCGUUUGCGCCGUUUUCAUUGGUCAGGAUCCCUUUUCCUCGUGCCUCUGCGUGACAUCACAUCCACCCGACCCACGGGGAAGCAACACAGAUUACAGAUGAUGCUGGACAUCUCCGAGGACGCACGCACUUUUACGCACAAUCGCCGCUCCGUGCGCUCAAAGACACCGAAAUAAAGGAUAUCAGCGCGGAUGCUUUGCGGUUUGGAGACUCUGAUCUUAGAGAAGUUGGAGCUGGACUGCGCUGGGAUUUUUUUUCUCUCUCUCUCUCUCGCUUUCUCUCUUUUGUGGAUGGAUAUGGGUCGCGCGUAAAUAUCUUUUCAUCACGUCUGAGAGAAGGGCUGUCACUCUCCCACCUGUUGCCAGGUGGUGUUGGCUUUACUCGCGGACUUCUACUAUGACAUUAGGUUUGGAAAUCAUGGAGGAUAUUGUUAUCGACGUGGUGGGGGAAGGACUCAGAGACAGUGGAGAGGAGCAGCUCCUACCUUUGGACGUGUCUCGCAGCGAGCUGGACCGCGGCGCGGAGACUCACGGCGGCCAGAGAAAAGAGCGGGACGCCUACAGCCCCGCGCCGGCGUGUCCCCCGACUCCCAAAACCAAAGGUCCCGCAUCUGUGAAGCCUCCGUACUCUUACAUCGCGCUGAUAACGAUGGCCAUACUGCAGAGUCCAAAGAAACGCCUCACCCUCAGCGAGAUAUGCGACUUUAUCAGCCACCGCUUCGCUUACUACAGGGAGAAGUUCCCCGCCUGGCAGAACUCCAUCAGGCACAAUCUGUCUCUUAAUGACUGUUUUGUAAAGAUGCCCAGGGAGCCCGGAAACCCGGGGAAGGGCAACUACUGGACGCUAGAUCCCAACUCUUCCGACAUGUUUGAGAACGGGAGCUUCCUGCGGCGGAGGAAGCGCUUCAAGCGGCAGCAUUUUCGCUUCGACCCGCUCAAGGAGCAGCACCUGGAGCCCAGCGGACUGCACGGCUUCCCGCACGGCACGUACGGGCUCGGCGCGGCCGCCCUGCAGCUGCCCAGCCUGGAGAUUUACCCCUACCUCCAUCACCACACGCCGUCGCCGUGCGGCCCCGCAGCCAUCCCACCUGUCAGCAGCAUCCUGCCGGCUCUCUCCAGCUUCUUCUCCCGCGGCGCCCUCACAGCCAAGGCUUUCCUCCAGUCGCAGCCCGGCAUGGACGCGUUCUCCGCGGCCCAGUGCGCCGCCGCGUACUCCUCUCCCCUGACCUCCAGCGCUGCCUACGCGUCCCCCGCUCUCUUUCACCCGGCCGCGUCCCCGCACUUCCUCAGUUUACACCAGGAGUAUCAGAAACUACAGCGAGGCAGCGGCGACCCGGUCAAACACAUCAGCACCAACAACGAAUAGCAGCUUUUCUUUUUAAAAAACAGACUUUGAACUCGUGUUUUCUCAGGUAACAGAGACAUUUGAAGCAGAAAACUCACAGUUUCUCCAACAGCGGGAAAAAAACGGAUGGAUCUGACUUUAAAAUAAUGUUGUAGAUAUGUUUAAAAAAAAAAAUCAACCUCCUUCUCACGUUUGUGGCAAAAAGAAAAAAAAAGAAUCGUUCAACACACUUUUUUUUAUCUUGAAUUAUCAUCUUUUGUUUAAAUAUUUAAAUGACGAGUUUCCUAUGCUUUUUCUUCUCGGAAAGAAAUAAAGUUGAAUAUUUAAAGUCUGCAUUAAGUUGUAUUUUGCACAGACCCACGUGGGAAGUUUAGAAAAAAAACAACAACUAAGGUUCAAAUAUUUUAUCAAAACAUACGUUCAUUUCUGGGUUCUGAAUAUUUAAUUUCUGGAUUAUAUGAGGCAUUAA